CGGGUCCCUGCACCGCGGCGGAGCCCGGAUCCCCCAGCCGCGGAGCCAGGCGCCACGCGCCCCGUCCAGCCGCCACGCGCAGGAUUUGGCUGGGUCACCCGUUAACUCCUUCCUACCUCGGUUUCAUCCCCCCUCCUUGAACUGGACACCUCCAACCAAGCUGAAGGACAGCUCUGGAACUUCUGUGAGGCUUCGGUUGUGGGAUGUGUGUUGUGUACUCAGGUGGGAUGUGCGCUGGAGGAUUUUCUUGCCGGCACAGAUGGAGAUGAUCGGGACCACACCCCCUAUCGCCCCUUGCCAGGGCCCAUCACCAGCCCCACUCUUCCUGAACUCACCAAGGACCCCCCACAACUCUGCCUCUGUGGAAGAGGUUGACUUCAGGUUUGGGGUGCUGCAAAGUCAGCUUUGAACUGUGAGGCGGGGCCACCUCAUCUCAACUGCUCAGCCCCCACCAGGACCAAGCUGGAGCCCCUCCCUUGUCCCCUUUAAAUUCCUUGCAUUAGUAACCCUGUUCUGAUCCAGCCCUUACUCACCUCCUUCCUGUUUCUUAAAAACCCUUCCCACAUUCCCCAGACUGAGCCCUUCCUCCCUUUCAUCCUUCACAGGACUCCUCCUUUUCCGUAACCGUCUCGCCAUUGGUUACCUUACUUAUUUCCUUAUUUCUUACUAAGGUCCUAGAAAAUGCCACCAUCCCCAUCCAUCUUGCCUGGUCUUUUCAACAUUCCCUAACUGUAGACUGUCCUAUCUCAACACAAUCCCAUACAUUUUCUGUGUCUUCUAGUACAUUCCACCCCACCAUUACUUCAGCAUGGCCUCGCUUACUUUCUACAUCCUCCACAAAUCUCUCUCUCUCACCACUGCCCACUGAUGCCUUCAUCUCCUCUAUAGACACCUCCCUCCAUCAAUUUUGUGUUGCCCCAAUACGCCCCCAUUUAUGCUCUGAUUGGGUCUAUAAAACCUCCUUGACAAAGCUCUUUGUUAGUCCUGCCAUCCCCCAAACCUCCUUCCUGUCAUAAUUCUGUCUCUCCUCCAACUUUUCCCUCUCAAGCUUUAUCCUUCCUGGCCCAGCCUGCCCCACGAUUCCCGGUCAGCCUCAUCUCUUCCCCGUGGACUGCCUCUCACCAUGUUCCCCUGAGCCUCCGAGGAGGGGGCUCAGGGGGCCUGAUGGCCUCCCGCCCCGCGUGUCCCCACCGCCCCCCUGGGCCAGGGGAAGCAUCUCAAAAGCCCCAGUGCCGAGGAUGGGCAACCGCACGUGGGAGGGCUGCCACGUGGACUCCCGUAUGGACCACCUCUUCCCGCCCUCCCUCUACAUCUUCGUGAUCGGCAUGGGGCUGCCCACCAACUGCCUGGCCCUGUGGGCUGCCUACCGCCAGGUGCAGCAACGCAACGAGUUGGGUGUGUACCUGAUGAACCUCAGCAUUGCCGACCUGCUGUACAUCUGCACGCUGCCGCUGUGGGUGGACUACUUCCUGCACCACGACAACUGGAUCCACGGCCCCAGCUCCUGCAAGCUCUUCGGGUUCAUCUUUUAUACCAACAUCUACAUCAGCAUCGCCUUCCUGUGCUGCAUCUCGGUGGACCGCUACCUGGCCGUGGCCCACCCGCUGCGCUUCGCACGCCUGCGCCGCGUCAAGACGGCCGUGGCCGUGAGCUCCGUGGUCUGGGCCACGGAGCUGGGCGCCAACUCGGCGCCCCUGUUUCAUGAUGAGCUCUUUCACGACCGUUACAACCACACCUUCUGCUUCGAGAAGUUCCCCAUGGAGGGCUGGGUGGCCUGGAUGAACCUCUACCGGGUCUUCGUGGGUUUCCUCUUCCCAUGGGCCCUCAUGCUGCUGUCCUACCGUGGCAUCCUGCGGGCCGUGCGGAGCAGUGUGUCCACCGAGCGCCAGGAGAAGGCCAAGAUCAAGAGGCUGGCCCUCAGCCUCAUCGCCAUUGUGCUGGUCUGCUUUGCACCCUACCACGUGCUCCUGCUCUCCCGGAGCGCUGUCUACCUGCGCCACCCUCGGGACUGUAGCUUCGAGGAACGUGUCUUCUCAGCAUACCACAGCUCACUGGCCUUCACCAGCCUCAACUGUGUGGCUGACCCCAUCCUUUACUGCCUUGUCAACGAGGGUGCCCGCAGUGACGUGGCCAAGGCCCUGCACAAUCUGCUCCACUUUCUGGCCAGUGACAAGCCCCAGGAGAUGGCCAACGCCUCACUCACCCUGGAGACUCCACUCACUUCCAAGAGGAACAGUGUGGCCAAGGCCAUGGCAGCUGGCUGGGUGGCAUCUCCACCCUCCCAGGGGGACCAGGUGCAGCUGAAGAUGCUGCCCCCGUCACAGUGAACCUCAAAUCACGCAAAGCCCUCACUCCUCUAAUCUAAUCCCACACUCCCUCCCUCUUGGUCUGGUGUAUGCAAAUUGUAUGUAAACAAGGCUGCGUUAAUAUUCAUAAGAAUGUAAGAAAAUAGGAAA